UCAAAAGACAAGCUCUCCACGUCUCCUUUCGGUGCUCUACCUCGGAGUUAGAGCGCAGUGGGGAACUAGGUGUCGCAGAGGCACGUGGGUCAACAUGUUUAUUUGCACUGGAGACCAAGCUGGGGUUUUCCUGGUGGACUGUGCCAGACGAAGUAACACAACUCCCAGAAUACCUUUCCCGCAGCAGUCCCUAACGGGGCGUGUCUCGUGGUGGCGUUACACAAGCUCGUUCUGAUGAAGGAAGGGCUUUUCUUUUCAGAGUCCCGUUUCCUGGAACAGAAGCUGUUGAGGAGAAACGCUGUGUUUCCGGGAGGUUGCACCGGAAUUAAGGAUCUCCCAGUCAGGCUGCUGCUCUCUGGUGUCUCUCUCUCCCCUGCUCUGGCAUAAAAGUACCUCAGCCUUCAAGGGCCUUCUCUAUUGAGAAUCAAUGCCUCUCCUAGGUAAUUGAUCACCAUAGACCCGGGGAGACUCGAUUCAUCCUGGACGGUGCUUAAUCGUCAUGAAUAAUCAAGACGCUGUGGCUUCCAUACUGCACGAGUGCAAGCAAGUGCUGGACCGUCUCUUGUUGGAAACGCCAGAUGUGUCUACAGAGGACAAGGGUGAGGACCAGCGGUGCAGAGCCUCACUCUCCGGCGAGUUAAGGACCCUGAUCCAGGAGGCGAAGGAAAUGAAGUGGCCCUUCGUGCCUGAAAAGUGGCAGUACAAACAAGCCAUGAGCCCAGAGGACAAAACAAACCUGCAGGACGUGAUUGGCGCCGGGCUGCAGCAGUUACUGGCGGCCUUGCGAGCCUCCAUCCUUGUCCAGGACUGCGCUGCCGCCGCCGCUAUUGUCUUCUUGAUGGACCGGUUCCUGUAUGGACUCGACGUCUCGGGAAAACUCCUGCAGGUCGCCAAAGGCUUGCACAAGCUGCAGCCCGCGACGCCCAUCGCCCCGCAGGUGGUCAUCCGCCAAGCCCGGGUCUCCGUCAACUCAGGGAAACUGUUGAAGGCAGAGUACAUCCUGAGCAGCCUGAUAUGCAACAGCGGUGCAACUGGUACCUGGCUCUAUAGGAAUGAGAGUGACAAGGUCCUGGUACAGUCGGUGUGCAUACAGAUCAGAGGGCAAAUUCUGCAGAAGCUAGGCAUGUGGUAUGAAGCGGCAGAGUUGAUAUGGGCCUCCGUCAUAGGAUAUUUGUCACUCCCUCAGCCAGAUAAGAAGGGCAUUUCCACGUCAUUGGGCAUACUGGCGGACAUCUUUGUGUCUAUGAGCAAAACCGAUUAUGAGAAGUUUAAGAAGAGCCCAAAGGUUAACUUGGCCUUGCUCAAGGAGUUCGACCAUCGUUUGUUGUCAGCCGCGGAAGCCUGCAAACUGGCAGCUGCCUUCAGUGCCUACACGCCCCUGUUCGUACUCACCGCUGUGAACAUCCGUGGAACGUGUCUAUUGUCAUACAGUUGUUCUGCUGACUGCCCUCCAGAAAUGAAAAGUGUGUAUCUGUGUGAAGCCAAAGAAGCCUUUGAGAUUGGCCUCCUCACCAAGAAAGACGGCGAGCUGGUUAGUGGAAAGCAGGAGCUGCACAGCUUCAUUAAAGCUGCCUUUGGCCUCGCCACGGUGCACUGCAGGCUCCAUGGGGAGACAGAUGCAGUCCGUGCAGCAAAGCAGCAGUGCAGCGCAGCUAUGGGCAAGCUCUACGCCUUCAGCACGUCCCUCUCGAGCCAGGACAGAGAAGUCCUGUCUCGGGAGAUCAUGUCCCUCAUCAGCCAGGUGAAGGGACAUCUACACGUUCAAAGCUUCCCAAAUGCAGAUGAUAGAUCUUAUGUCCCAGAGAGUUUCACGUGUGGUUUAGAUAGGCCCAUCUUGCAUGGGCACGUGGAUUUCCAACAGCUUCUCGAAACCUACUCCCAGCACCAUACUUCGGUGUGUGAGGUAUUUGAAAGCUCGUGUAGGAACAGCAGAGGCCACCAGAGAGACGCAAAGGCAGAGGUCUGUAUCACCACUCUGAAGACGGAAACAAGCACUGUAGAUACUGUGGGGGCUACUCUAGAGAGAGUGUGCUCCCAAGACAGCGGGAGUACAGCUUCUCCCAAGAUGUCUGAGAAAGAUCGGGAGAAGCUCCAAAGAGUAAGGAGGAGAAACUGGACCCAUUCCGAGGCGUUUCGAGUCUCCCUGGAUCAAGAUACGGGGACCGAGACUGAGCUACCAAACCACAGCAAUGGCAGGGCAGAUGUCUCCAGCAAGCCUCUGAGAGACAGCUCUAGCUCGAGUUCUUGGAGCAGACUGUCAGGGCUCAGCUCUUCCGCAAGCUGGGAGGAAGUGAACAGUGCUGUUCAGGAUACAGAAAGGAAAGAGUCUAGCCAAGAACAUCUUGUGGACACUCAAUGCUCCACAGCAGUGUCUGAGGAACCCGAGGGGGACAGACGUAUACGUAGAGAGACGUAUUUGCUGUUUUCCAAGCUCCACGGUGUCUCUCUUCAGACGACUGAAGAUCACAAUGCAGAGUCUUCGCAAAGUCAGUUACACACACCCGCCCGUCCUCUCAACCCCUCGAACACUUGUUUGGCCUCAGGUGCAGGGCUCUUAGAACCCCCUGAAGGAUCCAACACUAUUUCUCUUCAGUCCAGUCCUUCAUGUGGUUCUGAUGCCUGGUCCUUGGUUAGUUUGGGCAGGUUCACAGCUGUGACCACAUAUCCUUCAGUUCAGGAAGAAGAAACUUCUGGAAUAAUUGGUGAUUUCCCAGAAUCCAAGUAUGACUUCAAAGACUGGAGUGGAGAAAAGAAUGAGGGAAAACUCACUGAAAUAUGCACGGGGCCUGAAUUAACGUUUGCCUCCUCCUCGGUAGACCCAGAAGGAGACACAGCAGAAAGCACAGAUGAUGGCCCACCACACUCUCUGGUAGCCCCAGGAGGUUUACAAGGCAGCCAUUCAAUGUCUAUGCAACGGACUUCCUUUUCAGAUUGGUCUGUUCAAAAUGCUGACUCGGCAAAGAUUGGCUGCUCCAUCAAAGACGAAGCUGUGGACCCUGAUGCCUCUACGGUGGAUGAGGAGGGCCAAAUGCUUGACAGCACAGAGGUCUACUCCAUUGGCCAAGAUGGCGCUCACAGACCACGUGCUUUAAGGUCCGGUCAGAGUGAUGAGAGCCCAAAGUCCUUUGUAAAUGGCCACGGUCCCUCCCCUAUCUUCGAUGAGGACUUCAGCACCACAGAGGAAGGAGAGGAACUUGGGAGCAUGCUGAAGAGUAGCCAGAACUCCAGCUCAUGCUCGCCGUGGUGGCUAAAAUCACCCGCCUUUUCCCGCAGUUCGUCUGAGGGGGAAAGCUCCUGGUCUCUGCUGAACUCCAGCCGAAGUUCCUUUGGCUCAUUGACAGGACAGACCAGCCAAGAGAUCCUUGAGGCUCGCACCCUGCAGCCUGAUGACCUUGAAAAGCUUCUAGCAGGGGUGAGGCAUGAUUGGCUGCUUCAGAGACUGGAGAAUACAGGAGUUUUGAAGUCCAAUCAACUCCAACAAGCACACAGUGCCCUCCUGCUAAAAUAUUCCAAAAAGUCUGAGUUGUGGACGGCCCAGGAAACGGUGGUAUAUCUGGGAGACUACCUGAAAGUGAAGAAGAAGGGCAAGCAGAGAAAUGCAUUCUGGGUCCACUAUCUCCAUCAAGAGGAAACCCUGGGGAGAUACGUUGGAAAAGAAUACAAAGAGCGGAAGGGGCUCCGGUACCACCUCACAGAUGUGGAGCGGCAGAUGACAGCGCAGCACUACGUGACAGAGUUUAACAAGAGACUCUACGAGCAAAAGAUCCCAACGCAGAUAUUCUACAUCCCGUCCACAAUAUUGUUGAUUUUGGAAGGCAGGACUAUAAAGGGGUGCAUCAGUGUGGAGCCUUACAUCCUGGGAGAAUUCGUCAAGUUAUCAAAUAACACCAAAGUCGUCAAGACCGAGUACAAAGCUACAGAAUACGGCUUGGCCUAUGGCCAUUUUUCUUACGAGUUUUCUAACCACAGACAUGUUGUGGUUGAUUUACAAGGUUGGGUGACUGGCAAUGGAAAAGGCCUCAUCUAUCUCACAGAUCCUCAGAUUCACUCUGUAGAUCAGAGAGACGUCACCACAAACUUUGGAAAGCAGGGCAUAUUUUACUUCUUUAAUAACCAACAUGCAAGCUGUAAUGAAAUAUGCCAUCGUCUUUCUCUGACGAGACCUUCACUAGAGCAAACAAGUAAGACAUAGGCAGUGGGUUGGGAGCCUAGCAUCCAAUCUGCCUCCUUCCAGGAAUACAGAGUGAGGCAAGUGUUGACGUAUUGAUCAGUUGGGCCAACGGAUGAUUCCAGCUAUUGACUUAUGAGAGGAAUACACAAGUGUUGAUUUCAGGCCUACACUUGCUUGCCAGGACAAGAUCCUGUAGACCUGUUCCCUCUGACACAGGGGCAUGUCUGGAGGCUGUCCUAGGCCUCACAGUUGUCUAUGAUGUUCAGGGUCCUGAGCUGCAUGAGGACAACAUGGAAAAGGUCCCCAACCAACCCACAAUGGAUGCAAACUUGAGCUGGAAACAAACUGGUGUCAUUAAGCCAUUGUGAUUUCGGUUUGUUUUGUUGUUGCUUUGUGGAUUGGUUCUGGUUGGGUUGGGUUUUUGGU